UCUUUCUGUUUUCGUCCAUGUCAAAAUACCUUCGAUUCUCCCCAUUUCCUUUCAAAUCAUCGCUAAACCCUUUUUUCCCCCCAAUUUUCCUUCUCCCCAAACAGAAUCAUUCCCCCAUUUCUCUUGUAAUCGCAUCAAGCGAUCGAUUCGAUCGCUUGGUGUUCCAUUUUCCCCCUUUUCCGAUUUGUUCUUCUUUUUUUGUUCGAUUGGAUUAGAUUGGUUUCUUAUUUUCCCGUAAGAGCGAUGUCUAAUCUGCAAUCGAAUUUCAAUCAGAAGAUCGAUUAUGUAUUCAAGGUCGUGUUGAUUGGGGAUUCUGCGGUGGGGAAGUCGCAACUUCUUUCUCGUUUUUCUAGGAAUAUGUUUAGUUUGGAUUCGAAGGCUACGAUUGGGGUUGAGUUUCAGACAAAGACGCUCGUCAUUGACAAGAAAGCUAUCAAGGCGCAGAUAUGGGAUACUGCUGGACAGGAGAGGUAUCGUGCAGUGACAAGUGCAUACUACAGAGGUGCUGUGGGGGCAAUGCUGGUCUACGACAUGACAAAACGUCAGUCGUUCGAUCAUAUAACUAGAUGGUUAGAUGAACUGCGUGGGCACGCAGACAAGAACAUCGUUAUCAUGCUUAUAGGGAACAAGUCUGAUCUAGAUUCUCUUCGUCUUGUGCCCACAGAAGAUGCUAAAGAGUUCGCUCAAAUGGAGAGCCUGUUUUUCAUGGAAACAUCAGCUCUGGAGGCAACUAACGUAGAGGCAGCAUUCAAUACCAUACUGACAGAAAUUUACCGAGUGGUUAGCAGGAAGACACUGAUUGCAAAUGAGGAUACUGAUACCGACGGAAGCGCAUCACUCCUCGAAGGAGUCAAAAUUGUUGUCCCUGGACAAGAGCCUCAGCCUGCAACCUCUGCUGGCUGUUGCAGGAGUUGACAUGAAUUAUGUUUCUCACAAUAUGUUCACUUGAAUUGCUGCUUUUUUUACAGCCCUCAACAGAGCAGAAGAAGAAAAAGGGGGGAAGCAAGUGAUUGAUCUGAUGUCUAUCUAAUCUGUAACUUUGGUCUUUCAGGAGACUAAAGGUAAAUAGUUCCUCUGCUUCAAGCUUUUUGUUACCUUCAUAAUAUUCAUUUUGGUUGAGCAAAAAGCUUCAUAUUGUCCCAUUCAACAUAAACAUGGGAGAUUAAUGAAUCUCAGUAAGGGUAUGCUAAAGUAACUGAGUUUUUCUUUUUCA